AUGGCUGCAAAAUUGAUUGAGCAGCGAUUCCACAAUGUUCCAGGAAAGCUCCGUGUGGCCGAGCUGUUCUUCGAUGUGCCCUUGGAUUAUAGCAAGCCCAAUGAUGGCACAUUGAGAUUGUUUGCUCGAAGUGUCACGCGCUGGAACAAGCCCAUUGAAUCGACCAAGGAGGACUCCAAGUUGCCAUGGCUUGUGUAUCUCCAGGGCGGGCCAGGCUUUGGAUGUGGUGCCCCGCAGAAUUACGGAUUUGUCGAGCCAGCCUUGAGCAAGGGCUACCAGGUUCUGUUUCUGGACCAGCGAGGCACUGGCCUCAGUUCCACCCUGACCGCGGGUACUCUGGCUCGCCAGGGUGAUGCAAUUAAGCAAGCGGAGUAUCUGAAAAAGUUCCGCGCCGAUAACAUUGUACGUGACUGUGAGGCGAUUCGAAACCUGUUGACAUUGGAGUAUCCCGAGGAUCAACGUGUCUGGAGCAUCAUCGGUCAAAGCUUUGGGGGCUUCUGUGCGGCAACCUACUUGUCCAAAUUAGCUCUCCCGGUCGAGAACGAUGUUAGCCCGGAAGGUCUGAGGGAAGCUUUCAUCUGCGGUGGUCUGCCACCUCUAGUUGAUAGCCCGGAGCCGGUGUACAAACGUACUUUCCAAAAGGUCUUGGAACGAAAUGAGGCGUAUUACGCCAAGUUCCCAGAAGAUGCUGAGCGUGUUCGAAAAAUCAUGCAAUAUCUCGAAGCCAACCGGGUCGCUCUACCCUCGGGGUGGUUGACCCCUGCGCGUUUCCAACAGCUGGGCAUCAUGUUGGGCUUCCACAGUGGUCUUGAUUCCCUGCACGACAUUGUCCUUCGGGCGUGGAAUGAUCUUGAGAUGUUCGGGGAAUUCACAGUGCCCACUCUGGCAUUGAUUGAUGGCAAUGGAGGGAUGGACAAAAACAUCAUCUAUGCCAUUCUGCACGAGGCAAUUUACUGUCAAGGCAAACCCUCCUCAUGGGCCGCGGACCGACAACGGAAUGAUUUCUCCCAGUUUGACAUCAGUGGGUCUCAAGCUGAGAUCUAUUUUACAGGAGAAAUGAUCUUCAAAGACAUGUUCGAGUCUUACACUGAGCUCAGCCAACUCAAAGAAGUGGCCGAAAUUCUUGCAAAGACCGACGACUGGCCGGCAUUGUAUGAUGAGGACCAAUUGGCCAAGAACAACGUCCCAGUAUAUGCAGCCACGUAUAUUAACGACAUGUACGUCCACUUUGAUCUCGCUUCCAACACCGCGGCGAAGAUCAAGGGUACAAAGCAAUUCGUGACCAAUGUGAUGUAUCACGAUGCCCUGCGCAGCAAGUCAGGAGAAUUGAUGCGACAGCUUCUCAACCUCCGCGAUGAUACUGUCGACUGA